GUUUCGGGAAGACAUCGAUGGAGGAACACAUCAUCGAUGAAAUCAAUCAUUUGUCACAACUCUUGGACACCAAAGAGGGGCAGGAAAUUGAGUUCAGGACUCUAUUCCCGAUUAGUGUCUCAAAUAAUAUCAAUUCCCUUAACUUUGGCCGACGUUUUGAGUAUACGGACAGCAGAAGGAAAGCGAUCGAUGAGUUCCUGAUACUGGACCCUAAUUUUAACUUUACCGGGGUAUUCGCAUUUUACCCCGUGGCGACUCGAUUUAUAUAUAAGUAUCUGCCAUUUAUUAUGCCAUUAUCUCUACGGAUUGUUAGGGAUAAGGUUAAAGCAGUGACAGAUAUUAUAAGAUCUGAAUACGAAACACAUGUGAAAACUAUUGAUAAAAACAAUAACAGGGAUUAUUUGGACGCUUUUAUUUGUGAAAUGCAAAAGUUUGGAAAUGGCCAACAUGAUGAUAUGUUGGAGGGAAAUAGCUUUUUGCUAAUCGGUGCGGCGGGUUCUACUGUAUUACAGACCCUCGAGUGGUCACUAUUGAUUUUGGCCACUAAUCCGCAAAUACAACAACAGAUUCACAAAGAGAUCGAUGAAGUGAUCGGCAAAGAAAGGAGUCCUAAGACUUCCGACAAAAACCAAAUGCCGUUUUUGCAGGCAUUCAUGUAUGAAGUUUGGAGGUUUAGGACAUUAUUACCAAUUAAUUUACCACGA